GCAAAUCAGAUGACGUCACGACCCUGCCUGGUACACAAAGUUGGUCGGCAAAUCCGGUGUCGGAGGCCGGAGGGGUCACUGAACUGCGAGAUUUCGCCUAUUUUGGGUGAUUUUUACCCAAUACUGCAGAGUUUGGCCCCAUUUCGCAUACUCUGUAAUGGAAAGCAAGUCAGGCUCUGGCCGCCAGUUGCGCGCCAAACCGCCCAAACACUACGACGACGAAGAGGAAAUCGAGGAUGAAAUCGAAGGAAAAAGGACCUUCAGCGUCGAGGAAAAGCUCAAGUCGGAUAGAUUCACCGAAGACUUCGUCGAAUACAUGGAAGGAACUGAUUUCGGCCUGAAAUACUUUCAGAAAAACGGCUUCCACAAUCCAAUAUGCUUCAAGAACAAGGAAGGACUUGGGAUAAGGAUACCUGGUCAGGAAUUCAACGUCAACGAUGUUCGACAGUUCGUAGGGAGCAGGCGCAUGGUGGACGUGAUGGACGUGAACACGCAGAAGGGGAUCGAGAUGACCAUGCAGCAGUGGACCAAGUACUUCGAGCAGAAGGAGCGGGAGAAGCUGUACAACGUCAUCAGUCUGGAGUUCAGCCACACCCGCCUGGAGAACCACGUGGUGCAGCCAAAAGUGGUCCGUCAGAUCGACUGGGUGGACACCGCCUGGCCGCCUCACCUCAAGGACAAACAGACGGAGUCCACCAACGCCAUCGCGGACAUGAAGUACCCAAAGGUUCAGAAGUACUGUCUGAUGAGUGUGAAAGGUUGUUACACCGACUUCCAUGUGGACUUUGGAGGGACAUCUGUGUGGUACCACAUACUGCAUGGAGGAAAGGUGUUCUGGCUGAUCCCCCCUACUCCUGAGAACCUGGAGCUGUAUGAGAAGUGGGUCCUGUCGGGGAAGCAGGGGGACCUGUUCUUCGGGGACAUGGUGAAGAACUGUGCCAGGAUUAGACUGGAGGAGGGCUACACCUUCUUCAUACCUACAGGCUGGAUCCAUGCUGUGUAUACUCCUAAAGACUCGCUGGUGUUUGGAGGAAACUUUCUGCACAGCUUCAGCAUCCCUGCACAGUUCCGAGUCUGGGACAUCGAGGACAGAACGCACGUGCCCAUGAAGUUCCGGUACCCGUUCUAUGAAGAGAUCCACUGGUACCUGCUGGACCAGUACCUCAGCUGUCUCACAGGCAAGUCAUAUCUGAAUAAGGAGAUUUUGGAUAGAGACGACGAAGAUUCACAGGAAGCCACUCAACUCAAGGUCAUCCUCGAGUCCAAGGUCACGGAGAACGUCCGGGUGUGUGCCAAGGAGGGAAGAACGACCCCAGUCAAGAAAGAGAAGGACGACUCGGAAGACACUCACGACACAAGGAAACAGCAAAAUGGACAUCAUGUGAACGGGGACAGGGACAAAGGGGAAGAGUCAAAGGUCAAUGGUGGGCCAAGGGUCGGCACGAGAACACGGAGGUCACGAGUGAGAGGAAUGGAAGACGAGGAGGAUGACAGCAAAUCCAAGGAGUCGCUCCUGGAGGAGAGAUCCGAAUCACCAAAGCCAGCCAAGUUUGACAAGAAGUCUGUGAGCCAAUCAGAUUUCACAAAGACAAAAGACAAUCAAUCAGAGAAUGAUGUGGAGGAGAAGGACACAGAGAACAGUAAAACAGAGCAUGCUGGGAGUGAGAAAGCGGCAGGGUUGGGGGAGGACCGCCAGUACGUCCACCUGACCAAGUAUGAGCUGGAGGGGCUGGGGUACCUGGUGGACAGGCUGGAGAAACAGCCGGCCAACAAGAGGAACGUCCCGGACGCACUGACGGAUCCUGACAGUCUGCUGAAGGAUGUCAAGACAUUGCUGGAGGAACACAAGCCUGACAAGGAGGAGGAGUCUGUCACAGGGAAACCCUCCAUCUACUGGCCGCAGUCUGAGAACAGGAUUAAGCCUGUGAAGAAGAAGACCUACGGUGCCUCCAGCAGUGCCGCCAAACCCAAGAUGAAGUCAGCGACAGGAAACAUCAGCCGUCGGCGGACCCGGUGUCGGCAGUGCGAGGCCUGCACGCGGGGGGACUGCGGGGAGUGCCACUUCUGUAAGGACAUGAAGAAGUAUGGCGGCCCCGGACGCAUGAAGCAGAGCUGCAUCAGGAGAAAGUGUCUGAGGCCUGCUCUACCAAACAACGCGUCCUGUAAGGUGUGCGGCUCGGACGAUCGUGACGAUGAGAGCGACACGACGCUGAUGGAGUGUGUGAUCUGUGGGGAGAUCGUGCACCCCGACUGUCUGCAGUGUGAGGGAGAGGGCGUGGUCAACGAUGACCUGCCCAAUAGCUGGGAGUGUCCGAAGUGUAGUCUGGAGGGGAAGACUGAAAAGAUGAUGUGCAGGGUGAUGAAGAGACCCCAUGCAGCUGAAGGUAGAAGUGCAGAUGGUGACAGUCCAACUGGCAAAAAGAGAAAGGAAUCAAGUACGAGUAGUGAAGUGUCAGAUGACUCACCAAAGAAGGGAAGCACAGCUGAGGAAAUCAAGCACCCAGGGAAGAGAGCAAGGAGCAACGAAUCACUGCGUUCAGAGAACAACAGAAGUCUGAAGAAGAAACGGCAUCAUUCCGAGUCUCCCCGACCUGGCACAAGUGACCUUGAAAAGGAGAAACAUGGCGGAAACAAGAAAGCCUUUGGAAAGAAACUGUCAGGAGCGGUAAACGGACAUAGCCAGCCAAUCACACUGGUCAAACGUGGCCCGCCAAACCUACGCCGAAGCCCUCGCGGCCGUAAAGCACGACCCCCCUCCCCAGCGAGACCGCUGAAGUUAGAACAGCGGGUGAUACGUCCGCGCCCGAUCAGUCCGCCAAACGACAGCAUGAUAUUGAAUGAUGGCACAAAUCAUCCGUUGCCACGGAAACUGUGGAUGCUGAUUUUCCAGAACCUGGCCAACAAGGAACUGUGCAGUUGCAUGGCAGUGUGCAAGAUGUGGAACCGUUGGUGUACGUUUCACCGCCUGAACCAGCCGUCCGACAGUUCCCCCCAGUGCCUGGCCACGUGUAAGACCUGGAACCGCUGGGGUAACGACCAUCGCCUGUGGAAGGUCAUUGACCUCAGCUACGCCAGGACGUUGAACCCCAGCAUGCUGGAAGGCGUGGUCCGGCGCCAACCUAUGACCCUUGACCUGAGCUGGACCAAUGUACCCAGAAGACACCUGAGUUGGCUGAUUCAGAGGCUGCCGACCCUGAAGCACCUGGUCCUGUCGGGCUGUGCGUGGUCGGGAGUCUCUGCCCUGUGCACCUCCACAUGUCCACUGCUGCGCUCACUCAACCUGUGCUGGGCUGAGGGGAUCAAAGACUCCACCAUGAAGGACCUCCUGUCCCCCCCUGCUGACCGCCCCGGGGCUCCGGACAACAGGAGCCGUCUGCGAAUGAUGACAGACCUGCGGCUGGCCGGCUGUGAUGUCGCAGAAGGAACUAUCCAGCUCCUGGUGAAGCACAUGCCACACCUCAGUCACCUGGACCUCAGCUACUGUACCAAGAUAAGUGACAGCUGUAUUGAACUGCUAACUGCGGAGGGGUCACCAAUCCGAGACUCGCUGACGGACAUCAAUUUGAUGGGUUGCCGGAAGUUGUCAGACGACAGCCUGAAACUGCUGAGUCACUGCCCCAAUCUGCUGAAGGUGGAUGUGCGAUCCUGCGCCCAAGUGUCUCCAGAGGCGUGCCAGCAGUUUGCGUGUGGCAGAGAGGAGCCAAUGGCCAUCAAAGAGGACAAGCUGAUAAUGCUGGCACCCUGAAGGGUGAUGGUAAGACUGCAAUCCUGCAGUAGCUGGUCUGGGUGCUACGAUGAUUUUAGUGGUGCCUGUUUUUGCUAUGUUCCAUAUUUUAAUAUUUUUGUCUAAUAAUGGUGACUGUAUACUACCGUGGUUCAUACGCAAAGAGUUAUGUUUAUUAGAGCCAGCUGAACACAGUAUUUCCAGACCAUACCUUUGGCAUGAAUUUGUUGAGUUACUAGAAAAAAAGUUUUUCACCACAUAUUCCCCCUCGGUAGACUUUGAAAAUGUUUGAGAAGUUUUUGCUGUUAACAAAACAUUUGAACAAAAAACAUUUAAAUGAAACGUUAGCAAGCCAUUUUAUUUCCUGUUACAGUUUUGGUAGUCAUUUUGCCACAGACUUGUUUUAUACUGGAAGACAUUGUUCUUCACAGAGGACACCACUGGAAAUUGUCCCAAACUUUAAAUGACUUUAUAAACACACAUUCAUUCAGUGACCCUGUCUUCAUUAACAAUUCGUGCAAGUCAUCCAUGCUGUUGUACAAUCCCUGAAGAUGCUGAGAGUGUGGAUCUCUGGCUGUGGCAGCCAUAAUACAUAUCAUAUCCUUACAACACUCCUCUUCACAGGGAAAAGCUCUAAACUUUAACUAUACAGCAAAACACUUCAAGUUCCGUGGAUGCAGAUAGAUAACAUAGAGGUACAGAUGUUGGUGUAAUCAAUAAUUUCGAUACUCAGAUAUUCCAGGACUGUUACAGUACUGAAGAUAGCACAUCAUUACAGUAUUGAAGAUUCAGACUUCCAAAGGUGCUUGACCUCCUGUGAAAGGUGCUUCAUUUGUAUCAUACGAUUGGUUACUGUUGAUGUUCUUUGAAGUCGUACAUCAAUGUAAUAAUUAUGAAAAAUAAGGGAUGUAGAAAAAGGUGUUGUCAUUUUAGGCAUUUUUGUAUUGGUUCAGUGUUAUGUUUGUCUUUAGAUUUAUUUGAUGCCUAAGACUUUGUGCGGUGUAGACUUGCCUUACCCUGUUUUGUUGUGAUGAACACUUAACCACAGGAUUUACUAGAAGGACGACUGCACCUAGUUGUAGGACUAGGUCCACGCAUCAUGUUAUGGUUCUCAGAAAGUCAUAUCCAUGAGCCAAAAAGUUAUUAACUCUAUGACGAAUCUGAGUAACUCAUAAUCUGAUCAGAUAGCAUGGGUAAACUUCCUCAGUAAGUCAUGUCAGUAGCUUUCAGAAAUAAGUUCUGCUUUGAUAAAUGACAUUUUGAAAUACUUUGAUAAGUCAGAGAAGGCCACCAAUGCAGAAAGGGGGAAGAAGUUGAAGUGACGUUUUGAGUUUAAGCUGUAGAUAUCUCUUCAUGAGUUUUACCUGAUAAAUGUCCUUAUUUCUACCUACCUGUUUAUACUGAUGUAACUUGUUAUACAUGUUAAGUUUCUGUUCAACCAACGUGGUACACAUACAUGUAAGGGACUUCCUAGUGUUGAUAUGUAUCUUUGUACAAAGCUGUGCCAUGAUUAUAAGAGAAUGGUGGGGGCACACGCACCAGUUCUUGUCUGUAUGUUUUCCAAAGAACUGAAUGUUUUGUACAGAGUUCCGUUUGCCGUGCCACAUGUUGAGAACUGUAGCUGGCAUUAGAGUAGCUUUGGGAUUAUGUAUUAGCUUAGCUACAUUUGUACUGGACACAGAAUUUCCAGCGGAACUCAUGUAGUAGUUCAAACGUCUAAGAAAAAACCCCACAGAACAACAUGUUUCAGUUUUGAUGCCAGAUGAAGAAACGACCCAUAUGUGUUCUGUGAAUGCACAGUCUCUUCCCCAUCAUUUGUGAUAGUAGUUUACAUUUGUAUAUAUCUAGGAGAAAUGCAUCCGUUUCCAGAGACUGUGAUGAGAUGGUGACUUCUUGCAGUGUUCUGUGUGCUGAUGUGAACGAUGCUGUGAUGAGGGUGGACUAUUUCUUGCUCCAUGGUGACUGUGUGUACCAGAAAACCUUAUUUUCAAAAAUCCUCACGGAGCAUUGACUGUGAUAACUUGUAGCGUAAACUUUUGUUGAUGUAUAAAGACAAAAACGUGUUUUUCAUGGUCACUGAAGUGAUGACAGAAUUGUGCUGGUAAAAGAUUGUACAUUGUAGUCUUCACAAACGUCUUUCAAAAAAGUUUAGGCUAGACGAUUCUUUCUUCCUGUGUGGAGACCAAAAAGCCACAUAACAGGUCCUCCUUUGGUUCCGACGUUGACGGUUCGUAGGACGAUGUCUAGUAGGCGAUGUACAGUUAGUUGUUUCUACACAUCACCCAGUUUUGAAGAUUGGUUACACUUGUACUUAUGAUUCACCUUCUGUGGUAGUUAUCUUGUGACAGACUCUAGCACGAAUUACAUAGCAGCUGCAGUUUGCUAAGUAAAACGUAAGGUGGCACUGUGUCCUGAAUUGGCGUAUCCCAAGAACAUGGGGGUGCCGAGUGGCCAUACCCAAUCUUGAGAUGAAAACUGGAAUCAGAAUGGCUUGAUGAAAUUACAACAUUCGAAAGAGCUAGCAUGGCCUGUAUAAGAAUGCUAGAGGAAGUUAUAGCUGAAGAAAUAACAAAGAGCCAUGUGGUCACAAGACAACUUACACAGAACCCAGCGUCACAAGUUAUUAUCUGUAACCGUUACCGUUGUUAUUUUGCAUGAAUAUUGUUCUGAUACCGUUGACGACUUUGUAUUCAGCACUGUUUUACACACUUCUGAUGACACUGGGAGUAGGUUGUAGUCGUUAUAUUGAUCUGAAUGGCAAUCAUUCUCUUUUUUAGACUUUGUACUUUUUACUGCCGAUCAUAUCUGUUUCUUUAUCGAUAUACCUCAAUCGUCACUUAUUUAUUAUUCUCUGAACGGUGUUGAAUUUCAAGUGUUGUUCUUUUCUAUUGGAAAAUAAAGGAAGUGACUUUACGAA